AUAUAUACACUGCUAUUAUUCUUUAAGCAUAUCGCUGCGCGUGCAAUCCGGUGGACAAGAAUUAAUGCGAUGCAUUGCAAUAGCCACGAAAGCCCUUUCCGAUAUUUCAAUCAAUAAUGCCGAAAAACAUGUAUGACAAGUAGGGUGUACAAUACAGAGAGCGGAGUGUGACAGCUGCUCCACAUAAGGGAAGACGAAACUAGCUCGGUGUCCUCCAAGAGUAUCUCACGACGCGUAAGCAAGGAACGCACAGAAGAACAACAGCGGCGACCAUGAAAGUCACGGUGCUGAGCUUAUGCUUGGUGUUGAGCGCCAUAUGCGCUGUACGCGCCCAGUCAUUGCAGAAUCCUUUAUUUUGCCCUUUAAGGCUGAGACUUAAGGUACACGUACUCCAGUGCACGGUGAGGAACUUGCAAGAAAAAGACCAAAACCGCAUGAUCAAGGUUAUGACCUACAAUGGCUUGGAUUACAACAGACUGGGAUGGUGGAUUUGCACACCGCAGGCGGAAUUUGCAUUACGGAAAGUAUUUACCAAAAAACAGCUACGAAGGAUCACUGCUGUUGGCAUCCAGUGCAUACUUUAUUUGUACAGGGACUUUUAUAGGACGAGCAAUGAAAUCACACCAGCAUACACAAACACACCGAGCAACGAAUUCACAACAGCAUACACAAACCCACCGAGCAACGAAAUCACACCAGCAUACACAAACACACCAACGUACGAGUGAUGCACUCGCCACGCAUCUGCAAACCUGACCUGUUCAAUAAAACGACUUAUUAA